AUGGAUGACAAGGAUAUCGACGCAACGCACCAUGAACUUGCUAUGGACAAAUCCCUAAAGCGUCAUGGCAAAGGCAGUAACCCAACCGGCACAGUGAAACUAGUCGAGGAUGGGGAAAUAGUGUUGAUUCCGACGCCGUCUCCAGAUCCAAGAGACCCCUUGAACUACCCUCAAUGGCAAAAAUGGGUGAUCACGUUCGUGCUGGGAUUGUUCUCCGUCCUAGGCGUCCUGAUGACCUCCGGAAUGGGACCCUUCGUCACUUUAAUGCAAUCCUACUACGACUACAACCCCCACACCGACGAUCUAAUGACCUACCCAACCCUCUUCAUGGGGAUCGGUAAUGUCAUCGCUAUGCCACUCGCCAUGGCAAUCGGCAGACGCCCAGUAUUCCUAGCCUCUGCAUUGGUUCUAACCGUGGGAUCAAUCUGGUGUGCUGCGAGCACGAGUCUUGGAUCGCAUAUAGCGGGCAGAGACGUGUUGUCGUUAGCAGCAGGGCAGUCGGAGGCAUUAUGUCCGCUUAUUAUCCAGGAAAUCCACUUCGUCCACGAACGCAGCAGCCGCCUCGCCUGGUUCAGCGCGAUCCAAUCCAUCGGCACAGCCGCCCUCACCAUCGCGACAUCCUACCUAGUAAGCAGCCUGGGCUGGAGAUGGUGGUACGGGGUAUUCUCCAUCGCCAGCGGGCUAGUCUUCAUCAGCGCAUUCACCCUCGUCCCUGAAUCCCGCUACGACCGACCAACCGACGCCUUCGAAGGGGAAGUGCACGUCCACCACGACGGCGAAGAACAAGUCAUCGUUCACGCAACCACCAAGAACCGCGUUCCACUAGACUUCACCAACUACAAAGCACGCACCUGGAAACACACUCUAACCAUCAUGCAUCCACCCGCAAACUGGAAAGAAGCCCUAACAUGCUACAAGCAAAUGGGCCAAUGCAUCCUCUUCCCCAACAUCCUCUGGGUAGUCCUCAUGAACAGCGUCUCCCUCGGAAUCUACGUUAUCGGAGUGACAGAGUACGCCUCUGUCCUCGGCGCCCCUCCAUACAACUACCCAACCACAAGCCUAGGCCUAGUCCAGGGUGGACAAAUCGUGGUCGCAAUGAUAAUGGUUCCCGUGCUAGGCUACGGCGGCGAUCAGCUAUAUAAAUUGGUCGCAAGGCGUCGAGCGAACGGCACCGUUGAGUCUGAGGUUCGACUUAUCCCUAUGCUGCUGCCUAUUAUUGUCCUGCUUAUCUCAUGCGUCAUCUUUGGCCGUGCUGCAUCUCAUCCGACGGAGUGGUCGCCCUGGGCAAUCACCACUACCUUCAGCGGGUUAUAUUUUGCCUAUAUUGGAAUUAUCCUCAAUGGGUAUACUUAUUCUCUGGACAGUUAUGCGGAGCGGGCAGCGCCGAUUCUGGUUCUGAUUUGCGCCAUCCGUGGGUUUAUCUCUUUUGGGAUCUCGUUUGGGGUUACGAAGUUUAUCACCGAGCAGGGUUUUCAGGGUGCUUUUGAUAUUUGUGCGAUUAUUGCCGGUGUUGUGGCUGCGUUGGGAAUUCCAAUUUUCGUCUUCGGGUGGUGGAUUAGGAAGGUUACGAUGAAAUAUGCGGUUGAUGGGAGGACUGCGGAGUUUUGA